CAGAUAACAGACAGUACAGAUAGUUCUGCAAGAAACAUGGAGACUGUUAAUGAGGCUGGAGAACACUUUGAUUGCAUGUUAUUCCACAGCCCAUACAAAGGUGGCAGGACUGACAGGACAGUAGACUCAUCGGUAUCACCGACACAUCUGUCAUCUCCAUCAGUCGACCCUUCUGUGUAUGACAGUGAAUAUGCCACAUCAUUAGCACCUUCCUUUUCGCUGUCAGAUAGUGUCGGGCCAGGGAAAGGAGAUGGGAGGCAAGAUGCAAUCCUGCCAAAUGUGGAUUCAUCGCAGUCAACUUCAGAGAAGAUUCACAACAUUGCAUUGAGGAAAUUACAACUUCAUGGAUAUGUUGAAAGAUCGGGCGAGGGACCCACUGAUGAGCCGGGAUUCAAGUGUCUCAUGUGUGACACUAUUUUCUUCGGGAAACAAGAAGUUAUGGAUCAUGUGUUCAUAUUCCAUCCAGAGGUGGAACCAUACGAGUGCCAGGUGUGUGACAGCAGUUUCCACUCCAAGAACUCACUCAAGCUUCACUAUCUAUUGGUGCAUACCACUAAGAGGAUGGUAUGUGAUGUAUGUGGUAAGAGGUUCUCUGACCCCAGCCUGUUAAAGAGUCACAAGUUGUUUCAUGAAGUUGAGUCACAUGUAUGUGAUGUGUGCAAUAAACAGUUCAGCUACUACUGGAGUUGCAGAAAGCACAAGAAAUCACACCAACAGAAUUUUAAGCAGAAGUAUAAGUGUGGUUUCUGCCUUUUGGUGUUCUACUCGGAUAGAAUUUACUGGGAGCAUGUGGAGCGUCACAACAGCAGUCAGAUGUUAAAUUGUUGUAGAUGUAAUGAGACCUUUGUGGAGUGCAGUUAUUUGGCAGAACACUGGAAUUCCCAUGAGAACGAACAGCCACAGUUCCUAUGCCCGGGCUGUGACUGGCUGUACUAUACCAAGAAGGAGCGCUUGAAGCACUGGCGUACUGUGCGCAAAUUGUCGGAGACAUCUGUGAAGAAAUUAUUUAAGACAUUCAAGCAAUCAAAGCAAUUAUCAGUAUGGGAUGAGGUUCUCAGUGUUUGAACAUUGGCCGUCAAAGUCAGGAAGCAAUUCAGAGGCCUUUUUUCAGUUGUUCAGACCUAUGCUAACAAAGGGCAUAAAGAAAAAGGUAUGUUUUGGUUUUAUUAAACAUUGUACAUUAAUAAUGAGCCUGGUUUGAGGUUAACUUGCUACCCAGUGGGUCUUCACUUAUGAUUAUAUUGAUGUUCAGUGUUAAAAAUACAUUCCCAAGUGUAAGUAGUUCACUGCUUAAAGAAAGAUGCACGUUGUAGUCGACGUAUGUGAAAGGUAAUGACACUGUCUCCUUUUUUUCACCAGAGGCAAAACUUUGAUACGAAGGUUGCCGCAGGGAUAUUAUGAUUUUGAGUUAUAAUUAUAUGGGUCAAGGCAUUGCUUAUUGUUUGUUAUACAGGCAUUUGAAUCCCAUAUUAUAUGAAUAUACAGGUAUGUGCAUGUAUUAGUAAUUAUUUGUGUUUAUUACUGCCACUUAUGAGCACCACAACAUGGAAUGAAAAAAAUAAUUUAAUAAUUUGGUUCCAUAUUUUUAUUUUUCAGUAAAUCUAUGGGUUUUUUUUUGUAAGAGUAGUGGUGUUAGCAGCAAUGUGAUAUUAUAAUAAGACCUCAUCAUAGAUUGUGGGCUAAUUUAACACUUCAGUGUGUCUCCAAAAAUCCAACAUACACAAUUUGUUUGUAUUUUUUGUUGUGACUGGCAUUGCCAUUGUUUAUAAAUAAUAUGUUUAUAUUUACCGCCAUCAGUAGCACACUGCCAGAGUGCAGGUUUAUAACAGAAUAAGAGUCUGAUCAUUGUUGUUAUUUUGUGAAUUCUUUUUGUCCUUGGUCUAGUUGAUCUUGGCACUAUAAGGUUUAAUAUUAGUUUUGUUUACAUAUAUGAUAUGUAAUAUAAAAAAUCAUUGAGGAAUUAUACCUGUAGAUUUUAGUUUGUUGUCAAAUGUAUUACCAUUCCUCUUAUCAGCCUUCUGUUGGAAUUUGCAACAGGAUAAGAGUUGUAUUUUAUGUUGCAUGAGUUUUAUUUUGUUUACAGAAAUAACUUAGGAACAGAAUUUGUCAAAAAAUAUGUAACUUCUUCAGUAAUAAGAGAGACACCGUACAAAAUGUCGCA